AGGACCAGCGUGCCCACGGCGGCCUCCGUCACUUUGGCCUCGAGGCACCCGCGUUGGGGGGGCGUCAGCUUUACUCUCAAGGCGGGGAAAGCGCUGGACGAGCGGACCAGCUACGCCCGCGUCGUCUUGUGCGAUGGAGUCGCUGAGGGCGCAGCAAAGGCGGGCUGUGCAUGCGAGCUCUUGUUCAAUAUUCAAGGGGGGAAGUUUGGGACCGCCAUCGCUUGGAACCGGACGGCCUGCACGGGAAUGAUAGAACCGGCAGCUGUUGUGACGCCACCAGGCUGGCUCUCGGUCGAAAAUGAAGGAGAAAACGGACUGGCCGCUGAUUGGCAGGUCCUGAGGCCAACGGCGGGGGAGAAUGCGCCGAACGCGUACGACAUGGUGGUGGCGGCCGUGCUGAGUGGGGAUAGGUCAAUGUUUUUGGAUACGGAGGAGCUCCUGCAUCAGUGGCGGGUGUGGGACAAUGUUCUGAGCAAAGCUGACACUAUGGAGCCCGAGUUGUAUCCGAAGGGCUUCGCUUUGGACGAAGUUGAGAUGUCUGGUCUCAUCGGGAGCGUUUCGGAGGAGAAUGAGGACUCGCCGCACAUUGAGUUGUGAAAAUAUAACUUUGAAAAAAGAAAGACACUGUACGAUACUG